UUCCUCUUGUGGAGAAAGUUCACACAUGUGCUUGGUUGUUUACAGCGUAUUUGAGAAUUUACCAUCAAAAACUAUUAUAUUAUCGACCAUAUAAAUAUCACUGAACUGUUAGAUAGAACAAUGAAACCAGCUCGUCGUUUCCAGUUCAUCUGGAAGUUUUAGUGGAAGGAUAGCUAACGUUAGCUUAGCCACAACAAGCUUUAUUGUUUUGCAUGAGGACAGUCAUCAUGGAUGUAGACGGCCGGGACUUUUUGAACAGCCCUCCCGUGAAGACAGUCAGGUUUGGGGGCAGUGUUGCGGAAACGUUAGCGAAACAUAAACAGGGAGACUCCAGUGAUUAUGAACUGCUGAAACAUCAGCUGGCUGAUCCUGAGAUAAAGGAUGCUCAGAUCAUCAACUGGCUGCAAGAGUUUCGGAGUUGUGUGACCCAGCUGAACAAAGAUCAUGAGCAGCUCAUCUACACUAUCUUGAGGCUUCCAUGGGUGGGUCGGAGCCAGGCUGUGGUGGAGGAGUACAUGGCCUUCCUCAGUAACCUGGUGUCAGCGCAGACUGUCUACCUGUGUGCCUGCCUCAAGAUGGUGGUCUCCCACUUCACUCCCAAGAGAGUGACCAUCUGUGAAGGAGGGGUGGAUAUCUCUGAUUCAGAUGAUGAAGAUGAGAACCUCCCUAGAAACUUCGAUCAGAGUCACCAGGCGCUGCAGCUCAUCACCAGAUACGUCCCAUCCACGAGUCGCUUUCUGAUGCCCAUUCUGCAGGAGAACUUCCCCUUCAUACAGAAAUCCUCCAGAACCCUGGAGUGUUACGUCCACAACCUCCUCAGGGUGACAGUGUACAUCCCGUCCAUCCGCCGAGACGUCCUGGAGGUGAUCGUUGGAAAGAUGCUCAAACUGGACGUGAGUGCAUCCCGGUCAGACAUUGAGGAGGCAGAGGAGAACACAGGGCAGAGCCAAGAGGAGCAGACUGAGGAGGGUCUCUUCCACAUGGACGAGGACGUGGCAGCAGAUCAACCCUCCAGGACUGUGAUGGCUCAUCCAGUGGCUGAGAGGCUGGACGUCCUCAUGGCUGUGAUGAUAGCCUACAUCAAGGACGUCUGCCAUGUCAGCGGCUCUUUUCAUGUGGACCAGACUAAGGAACUGUACAGAGAUUUGUUGAGUGUGUUUGACAAACUCAUACUGCCGACACAUGCGUCCUGUCACGUCCAGUACACACUGUUUUACCUCUGCAGCUUCAGAGUGGCCCUGGUAGAGGCCUUCCUGGAUCACCUGUGGAAGAUCCUGCAGAACCCCUCUCAGCCCGCUGUCCUCCGCCAGGCUGCUGCUGGAUACAUGGGAAGCUUCCUGGCCCGAGCCAAGUUCAUCCCUGUGUCCACUGUGCGGGCAUGUCUGGACCUGCUGCUCUCCUGGAUCCAUCGCUACAUUGACAGUCAGGACAGCAGCGGCAGACAGGCCUGCUGUGACAUUAGCUUGCAUGGGCCCUUCUACUCAGCCUGCCAGGCCGUCUUCUACACUCUCAUCUUCAGGCACAGAGCCAUGCUGGAGGGCAACAUGAAGAAAGGUCUGGAGUACCUGCAGAGUCUGAACCUGGAGCGGGUGGUGAUGUGUCAGCUGAACCCUCUCAAAGUCUGCCUGCCAUCCGUCACCAACAUGUUUGCUGCCAUCACCAGGAAGUAUCAGGUGGUGUUCUGCUACACCAUCAUAGAGAGGAACAACCGCCACGUGCUGCCGGUGGUCCGCAGUUCAGCAGGAGGAGACCGUGUGACCACCAACACCAACCCUCUGGACAGCUUCUUCCCCUUUGACCCCUACCUGCUCAAGAGGUCUGGUCAGCUGAUUGAGCCUCUCUACCAGGUCUGGGAGGAACUGGCAGACACGGAGCUGCUUCCUGCCAAAACAGGCCAACAGGGCUCGAAGGAGGAUGAGGAUGACUUCCUGUGUGGGGAGACACUCAAGACUGAGGGCAUUGUGGGAAUGACUCCCAGCUCCUACGACUCAAACCUCCGCAGCCCGAGCAGCGUGGGUUCGCCCCCCUUCGGCUUCCAGAAAGCGUUCUAAGCCCUCAUCAUGAACCAUCGUGUUCUGAUGACCCUGACUUUUUCACAUCACUGAUUUCAGUAAAACGAUAGAAACUGUUUCAAGCAACAGCUCUGAGGAGGGAUGAACUCUACAUGUAGAGAUAUACAGACAGUUAUAGAGAGGCUUUGGCUUCUGCUGUUUUCUAUGGGUGAAACUUAAAUUAAAUUGAGCUUGAGACAUUGUUAUAGGCUACGUCCACACUACUACAUUUUCAUUUUAAAACACAUCUCUUUUCCUACAUUUACUCCUGCCGUCCACACUACUGUCAGGCCCCCAAAACAGAGACUUCUGGAAACUCUGCUGGACCUGUUUUAUUUUGAAAACUCUGGGGUUGUGUUGUAGUCUGGAUGGACAGAAACGGAGACCUUCAUAAACGAUGUAGACACCCACAGUCUCUCCUGAUUGGUUCUCAUCAGCCUGGACUACCAGUGGGUACUACAACAUGAUAAUGAGUUACAGUGUU